CAUGGGGCCGGGUGAGCGAUGAGGGUCGCGGCCGCUGCCAUCAAGCCCUGGAGAUGACCAGGAGCGGCCACUGCUGAGAACUAUGUGGAGAGAGGCUGCGAGCCCUGCUGCAGAGCCUCCGGCUGGGAUAGCCGCCCCCCGUGGGGGCGAUGCGGACAGCGCGGGACAGCUAGGGGAGCGCGUGGGGGCCGCAGGAUGCGGGAGCCCGCUAAACCCGGUGGCUGCUGAGGCGGCCGAGAUGCUCGUGCACGCAGCGCGCCCCACUGCAUCCUCGACCUUCUCCGGCUACAGGGACCGUAAGUGGCGACUAUGGGCAGACUGGGCUACUGGACCCUGCUGGUGCUGCCGGCCCUUUUGGUCUGGCGCGGUCCGGCGCGGAGCGCGGCGGCAGAGAAGGGUCCCCCCGCGCUGAACAUUGCGGUGCUUCUGGGUCACAGCCACGACGUGACAGAGCGCGAACUUCGAAAUCUGUGGGGACCAGAGCAGGCGGCGGGGCUACCCCUGGACGUGAACGUGGUGGCACUGCUGAUGAACCGCACCGACCCUAAAAGCCUCAUCACGCACGUGUGUGACCUCAUGUCGGGGGCGCGCAUCCACGGCCUGGUGUUUGGGGACGACACCGACCAGGAGGCCGUGGCCCAGAUGCUGGAUUUUAUCUCCUCCCAGACUUUCAUCCCCAUCCUGGGCAUCCAUGGGGGCGCAUCUAUGAUCAUGGCUGACAAGGAUCCGACGUCUACUUUCUUCCAGUUUGGAGCGUCCAUCCAGCAGCAAGCCACAGUCAUGCUGAAGAUCAUGCAGGAUUAUGACUGGCAUGUCUUCUCCCUGGUGACCACCAUCUUCCCUGGCUACCGGGACUUCAUCAGCUUCAUCAAAACAACAGUGGACAACAGCUUUGUGGGUUGGGACAUGCAGAACGUGAUCACACUGGACACAUCCUUCGAGGACGCCAAGACCCAAGUCCAGCUGAAGAAGAUCCACUCUUCGGUCAUCCUGCUGUACUGUUCCAAAGACGAGGCGGUUCUCAUCCUGAGUGAGGCCCGCUCCCUCGGCCUCACCGGGUACGAUUUCUUCUGGAUCGUGCCCAGCCUGGUUUCUGGAAACACAGAGCUCAUCCCCAAAGAGUUCCCGUCAGGACUCAUCUCAGUCUCCUACGACGACUGGGACUACAGCCUGGAGGCAAGAGUGAGGGACGGGCUGGGCAUCCUAACCACUGCCGCGUCUUCCAUGUUGGAGAAGUUCUCCUACAUCCCCGAGGCCAAGGCCAGCUGCUACGGGCAGACGGAGAAGCCGGAGACCCCGCUGCACACUCUGCACCAAUUCAUGGUCAACGUGACAUGGGAUGGAAAAGACUUGUCCUUCACGGAGGAAGGCUACCAGGUGCAUCCCAGGCUGGUGGUCAUUGUGCUCAACAAGGACCGGGAAUGGGAGAAGGUGGGCAAGUGGGAGAACCAGACCCUGAGCCUGAGGCAUGCUGUGUGGCCCAGGUACAAGUCCUUCUCUGACUGCGAGCCUGACGACAACCACCUGAGCAUCGUCACCCUGGAGGAGGCCCCCUUUGUCAUCGUGGAGGACAUAGACCCGCUGACUGAGACGUGUGUGAGGAACACCGUGCCGUGCCGCAAGUUUGUCAAAAUCAACAAUUCCACCAACGAGGGGAUGAACGUUAAAAAGUGCUGCAAAGGGUUCUGCAUCGAUAUCCUGAAGAAGCUCUCCAGGACAGUCAAGUUCACUUAUGACCUCUACCUGGUGACCAACGGGAAGCACGGCAAGAAAGUGAACAACGUGUGGAAUGGAAUGAUUGGGGAAGUGGUCUACCGGCGAGCGGUCAUGGCAGUUGGCUCGCUGACCAUCAACGAGGAGCGUUCGGAGGUGGUGGACUUCUCAGUGCCCUUCGUGGAGACAGGGAUCAGCGUCAUGGUUUCCAGGAGCAACGGCACCGUCUCACCUUCUGCUUUUCUAGAACCAUUCAGCGCCUCCGUGUGGGUGAUGAUGUUUGUAAUGCUGCUCAUUGUCUCUGCCAUAGCUGUCUUUGUCUUUGAAUACUUCAGCCCUGUUGGAUACAACAGAAACCUCGCCAAAGGGAAAGCACCCCAUGGGCCUUCUUUCACCAUUGGGAAAGCUAUAUGGCUCCUUUGGGGCCUGGUGUUCAACAACUCUGUGCCUGUCCAGAAUCCGAAAGGGACCACCAGCAAGAUCAUGGUGUCUGUCUGGGCCUUCUUUGCGGUCAUAUUUCUGGCCAGUUACACGGCCAACCUGGCUGCUUUCAUGAUCCAGGAGGAAUUCGUGGACCAAGUGACCGGCCUCAGUGACAAAAAGUUUCAGAGACCUCAUGACUAUUCCCCACCUUUUCGAUUUGGGACCGUGCCUAAUGGAAGUACAGAGAGAAACAUUCGGAAUAACUAUCCCUACAUGCAUCAGUACAUGACCAAGUUUAACCAGAAGGGUGUGGAGGACGCCUUGGUCAGCUUGAAGACGGGGAAGUUGGACGCUUUCAUCUACGAUGCGGCAGUCUUGAAUUACAAGGCCGGGCGGGAUGAAGGCUGCAAGCUGGUGACCAUCGGGAGCGGGUACAUCUUCGCCACCACGGGUUACGGUAUUGCCCUCCAGAAGGGCUCCCCUUGGAAGAGGCAGAUUGACCUGGCCCUGCUUCAGUUUGUGGGUGAUGGUGAGAUGGAGGAGCUGGAGGCCCUGUGGCUCACGGGGAUCUGCCACAAUGAGAAGAACGAGGUGAUGAGCAGCCAGCUGGAUGUGGACAACAUGGCGGGCGUGUUCUACAUGCUGGCGGCGGCUAUGGCGCUCAGCCUCAUCACCUUCAUCUGGGAGCACCUCUUCUACUGGAAGCUGCGCUUCUGCUUCACAGGAGUCUGCUCUGACCGGCCCGGCCUGCUCUUCUCCAUCAGCAGGGGCAUCUACAGCUGCAUUCACGGAGUGCACAUCGAAGAGAAGAAGAAGUCUCCCGACUUCAAUCUGACCGGGUCCCAGAGCAACAUGCUGAAACUUCUCCGCUCAGCCAAGAACAUCUCCAACAUGUCCAACAUGAACUCUUCCUCCAGGAUGGAUUCCCCCAAAAGAACUGCUGACUUCAUCCAAAGAGGCUCCCUCAUCAUGGACAUGGUUUCCGAUAAGGGGAACUUGAUCUACUCGGACAACAGAUCUUUCCAGGGGAAAGACAGCAUCUUUGGGGAAAACAUGAACGAACUCCAGACGUUCGUGGCCAACAGGCACAAGGACAGCCUCAACAACUAUGUGUUCCAGGGACAGCACCCUCUCACUCUCAAUGAGUCUAACCCCAACACGGUGGAGGUAGCUGUGAGCACAGAAUCCAAGGCAAACUCCAGACCCAGGCAGCUGUGGAAGAAAUCCAUGGAAUCCCUGCGUCAGGAUUCACUGCCUCAGAAUCCGGUCUCCCAGAGGGAGGAGGGACCGGCGGAGAACAGGACCCACUCCCUCAAGAGUCCGAGGUACCUCCCAGAAGAGGUGGCUCACUCUGACAUUUCAGAGGCUUCCAGCCGGGCCACCUGCCACAGGGACCCAGACAACAACAAGAACCACAAAACCAAGGACAACUUCAAGAGAUCUGCGGCCUCCAAGUACCCCAAGGACUGCAGUGAGGUCGAGCGACCCUACUUGAAAACCAAAGCCAGCUCCCCCAGGGACAAGAUCUAUACUAUCGAUGGCGAGAAGGAGCCCAGCUUUCACCUAGACCCGCCCCAGUUUGUGGAAAAUACAGCCCUCCCCGAGAACAUGGACUUCCCAGACCCCUACCAGGAUCACAGCAACAGCUUCCGCAAGGCGGACACCACGCUGCCCAUGAACAGGAACCGGCUGCACAACGAAGACGGGCUGCCGAACAACGACCAGCACAAGCUCUACCCCAAGCACUUCACCUUGAGAGACAAGGGGUCCCCUCACAGCGAGGGCAGUGACCGCUACCGCCAGAAUUCCACCCACUGCCGGAGCUGCCUCUCCAACCUGCCCACCUACUCGGGCCAUUUCACCAUGCGGUCUCCCUUCAAGUGUGACGCCUGCCUGCGGAUGGGGAACCUCUAUGACAUCGACGAGGAUCAGAUGCUCCAGGAGACGGGCAACCCUACCAGCCAGGAGGAGGCCUACCAGCAAGAUUGGGCACAGAACAACGCCCUCCAGUUGCAAAAGAACAAGCUGAGGAUUAGCCGGCAGCAUUCCUACGAUAACAUUCUCGACAAGCCCAGGGAGCUAGACCUUAGCAAGCCCUCCCGGAGCAUAAGCCUCAAGGACCGGGAAAGGCUUCUGGAAGGAAAUUUGUAUGGAAGCCUGUUCAGUGUGCCCUCAAGCAAACUCCUAGGGAACAAAACCUCCCUUUUCCCCCAAGGCCUGGAGGACAGCAAGAGGAGCAAGUCUCUCUUGCCGGACCACACAUCCGAUAACCCUUUCCUUCACUCCUAUGGGGAUGACCAGCGCCUAGUAAUUGGGAGAUGCCCCUCGGACCCCUAUAAACACUCACUGCCAUCACAGGCAGUGAACGACAGCUACCUGCGCUCGUCCUUGAGGUCAACGGCAUCGUACUGUUCCAGGGACAGCCGGGGCCACAGUGACGUGUACAUUUCAGAGCAUGUUAUGCCUUAUGUUGCGAAUAAGAAUAAUAUGUACUCCACCCCCAGGGUUUUAAACUCCUGCAGCAAUAGACGUGUGUACAAGAAAAUGCCUAGCAUCGAAUCUGAUGUUUAAAAAUCUCCCAUUAAUGUUUCAUCUAUAGGGAAACAUACGUAAUGGCCAGUGUUCUGGAGGGUAAGAGUUGGAUGUCCGAAGAGGAAGUUGGUGUAGGGAGGUAUCUGUGUUGGCUCUUUGACCAUGGCUCCGUGCCAUAAUCUUCCAUUCAAGGAAUCUUUUGAGGUGUAUGCUGAGCAUGGCAGAUUUUAGAUAGAUGAGUCCUUAACCAAAACAAACAGAUAAGGGCAUGUAUCCUGGGCAUGCCUAACCAGGUAGGUUGGCAAUAGUGAUACACCAAAUGUUGGUGGCGAUGUUAUGCUUUCCUAUAUUCCAAAUGCCAUUAAGAUCAGUCCACCGUGUAAUUUCCCCAUCUGAAAUGCCUAAUGGUUUUCUCUAAUACAGAUUAAGCAAUAUGGUAUGCAUGUAAACCUGACACAGACAAAAUAAAUUUAAGAUUGCAUCUGCACUGUAGCGAGAUUGACAUGUGCAAGAGAUUAGGAAGUUUGGCUUGUAACAGUUCCAGCUUUCUUGUUAUGCCUUCACUGUCACAUCCAGGCCCAACCCUAAGAACUCCAGGAUGUACCCUCCCUCCCCACCACAACCCCAGAAAAUAACAAAUUGGUGUGUUUAUGGUAACUAAGCUACCUUCAUUAGAGUCCAUUUCCAAGACAGGUCUGGAGCAAAAGGCCCGAGGAGGCAUCCUCAGGCACAGAGCUACCGGGAUCCCCUUGGACGUUGAUAUGUGUGUUUUGUCCUUGGCUUUGAUGGUCUUGUUCAGUGCUGCAUAAACUUACACGUUUCUGUCUUUGAUAUCUAAGUGUAGAUCUCCCAUCUGUGACCCGGUGGCCAAUGUAAUUUACCCGAAGACUUCUGUGUAUGUAAGCUUGCAUUUCCUUCCGGUGACGACUCAGGGUUGUAUAGUAUCUGUUACCCUUUCCCUCCCAGAGUGACCCUAGCUCGUCCAGUCCCCCCAGGCAGCCAUGUGGUGUCUAAUUAGCUGUGUGUUGCUGUCCCCAGAGUUGUUAAUGUGAUGACACACGCCAACGGCCAUAUGUAUACUGUGGUUCGUCAGAAGUGCAAUGCCAUCUGUCUGCCGAAGGGUAGCACAGGUUGCGGUUUUAUCUCCCUAGAUCCCAUGGAGUUCUGUUGGACAGGAUCUCCACCUCGAUCACACCAUUAAAUCUAAAACCUUUAAAAGAUGAGACACUCCUGUCUCCACCCCAAGCCUUCUCCAAACGGUGGAUAAAUUUUGCUAAACGACUGGUUUCUCGCUUCUGAAACAGAGUUCUAUUGGAGGCAGAACGCAUCACCAGCCACCAACAGCGAUACAGGAAGAAUUCCUCAAAGCAUUUGUCAUUUCUGAGUCACCUACACUAUCCCACUCUUGUUCUCCAGAGACUUGUGCAUGUAUGGCAUGGGAUGACACUCAUUUCAAAACAGUUGGAGAUAGAGGUGGGAGUAUGUCUGCCUGGGGAGCUUCUUAGCCCACUACCUGACUCAUAAAAAGGGCCCUGCAAAGAGUGUGGUUUUAUCAGAUUAGAGUUUUCUAGUUGAAAAACUAAAUACCAUAAAAUCAGCCAACUUGAUUAAACAUCUUAUGAUGGUGCGCCCUAAUUAUGAGUGCAUUUCAGAUGUGUUUGUGUCCUUGAAGUGUGUGGGGUGAGCAGCCAUCAACAUACGCAGAGAGCCUUGAUCUGAUGGGUGAAGUUUUAAGCUAAUGAAAGCUAGCCUAGCUGUUUCCUGGCUUCUUCCUGAGUUGUACUUUCAGUUCGUAGAGAAAGGGACAGGGUGGCAGAGUGAAGCAUCGUUCCCGAUUCUUCUGGUGUGUUCUGCUUCAUAAGUAAUGUUUUCCUACAAGUGGGCAGGUGCCAGGGACCGUUGUCUUAUUACUGAGGAGUAUCUUGAAUGGCUUGGUUCUUUGGGGGAAGCUCUAUAUUGAUGGAAAAAAAAAAAAGUAGUUGCAGUACAUUUCAGGGUCAGUAGUAAAGGGGCAGAGAUAAGCAAGGAGUGAAGACAUCUUCCUAUCCAUUUUUGCAAGGCAGAAGGGAUUGACAAGUGUUGAUAACCAGCAUCCUGGAAAAUUAUGCUUUAUUUCAAGAUGCUGAAUUUUGCUGCCCCAAAAUCUGGCAAGGAAGAAGCCUAAAUUGAAGGACUUUGAACAGUCACCCCAACUUCUGAUCUUAAAUUUCUCUGACCAUAGAGCCCUGUCGGUCUUUCCUGCCUUUGUCCUCCCAUGGCAUUCCAGAUUUGUGUUCCUCAGCUAAGAGCACCUCCAUGUCCUGGGCUGGCGUGUCUUAACAUGCAGUGAAUUUAAAAAUCUUCCCUAGAAUACAGAGCAGCAAUGUCAUCCAUCUAAAGAGGCUUUCUGUCUUUGUCUUGUGUCUUCAAAACCCAGGGGUGCUGCUUAAUGCCACAGAAUCUCCAGGGUGAGUGCAAAUUACAUUCAUCGAUCAAAAAGCCUUCUCCUAAUCACAGCAUUAUUUCCUACACUGAAUCCCUUACACCUCUGGAUAAAGGAAGUGAGAAUGUGGCUUUGGGUGUAGCCAGCAAGUAUUAUAGUGAAAAAAAUACACUUAUUUUAAUAAUGGUAGUGUUUUAACAAAUAACUGGCUAUCCUUGGCUGUGUAAUUUUCCUUUCUCCAUCAAUUCACUGAGUCAUAAAUGUGAUGGUCCCACACCAAUAAAUAAAUAAAUAAACCACUGAUCCAAGGAUUGAUUUCCCAAUGGAAGAUAGUGAAGCAGAGUUAUGCAAUGGUGUUCCAAAUCAGUUCAGUUAUUUGAAGAAUCGUAGAAAGCUCGUGUGCAACAACAAACAGCACCCACAAUGUGGGAGGGUCCCUAAACUGUGGGAGGGGUUUCUAUGACACCGCCCAGCUCUAGUGCGCUUGACUUGAUGGAUCCCAAGGAACUGCAAUCUGAACCCAGAGAUCCGUGUCUAACUUAACCAAACUCCCACCAUCAACGACAUCUCAUUAACUCUCAGGGUCUUUCCCAGCCAGUUGGCUGCCAGUUAUAAGUUGACACAUGUGGUCACGCUUCUGUCCAUGAGUAGUAGCACUUGUGGGAGACCAGUUUGAAAUUUUCUCUGUAAAAGAGAGUCCGCUGGGCCAAGGGUCCCACUCUGGGAAACCUUCGUGUUUCUGGAAGACCACUGCCUUUAUCCUGACACUUGUAAUGCUGGGAGCAACCAAGCCCCCCAGUGGACCUACCUUCCUACCAGAGAGACUCCCAUGAGUGGUAAAGGCUUAUUCUUUCACCUCCACAUUGCUGUUCUGUCCUCUGCAAAUCUGUCUGCUUCAUUCCAGCCAGCACCAGCACUUGGGUGUCUCAUAGAACAUACUUUAUUUUCUCUUCCCUGUUUUGUAGGGUGCCUGAGGAGUUUCAAUACUUAGCUUUUUGGUGAACAUGUUAAAAUUCACCCGUUGCAGCAAAACCUGUCAAAUCAGUUCAUGCUUAUUUUCUGGGAGAGAAAAAAAAUUACACCUUGUUUACAAAUGAAAUAGUUUCAUUUAAAUAGGACCUGAGCCAAGCCAGUUAAUUAGUCAAAGGAUCCACAGCAGUCCUGCAGUCACACAUUGUUUAUUCUAUUUGAUAUGUCUACCACUGAUGUGUGUUUAAUAUUCCGCAUCCUUCUCAGGAAAUGACAAAUGCCCUGAAUUCUUUGCAAAUAGAAUUGCUAAUGAAAAAAGAGAAAAAAAAAAGUUGGUGUUAAUUAAAUGGUGAUUAAAAAUUUAUCUCCUUUAAAACUAAAAAGUGCAACUUUAAUAAUCACUUGUCAUAUAAAUAAAUACCUUGCACUGAAAUCCCUUGUGGUUUCAGACCGAAAUAAAUACUAGUUCGAGAAACCUAAGUCUCUUUCUGAGGAGCAGGAUAUAUCUGUAACAACAUGCACAUUCCUGUACUGCCUCUUCAGACACAGCUGUUGUGUAGCAAUGCUUGUGGUGGGGACAUGGGUUGUUUCCGAAGUUGUUGUAGUAACCCAUGGCUAUGGUGGACAUAAUUGAACUUGGAGAAAAAAAAAAAGCAAGUGGAAGCUGAAUUCUCGGGUUGGUUUUUAAUAUGAUUUGUGGGGUUCUCUAUCAAGGCAGUUUUCAUCCCAAAAGUCCUUGUUGCUUUUGGCUUGAGUCAAAAUCAGACCUUUCCAGAUUACCGCCCCCCCCUGUUAUUUUGAUGAACAGGAUCGAACUUGGGGAUGAAAGGUCACGUGGGAUCUGCCCUUGGAAGGUUCUCCCAAUGUGCAGUUGCCCUUUUCAUUCAGCCACUCCUCGUUGUACUGUGUCUGUAUCUGAAUGUGUCAGAUAAGGUCAACCUUCUGCUUGACACAGAUAAGAGACGAUCAAAUGCACUUACCCUGUGAAUACAUACGCCCGUGUACACAUGUACAUAAUAUACACGCUUGGUUUCUACAGUUCACACAUAAUGUAUUAUUAUCCAAAUGAAUUGUACAUAUUGUAAAAUUUAUGUUAAAAGUUAAAUGGUAAUAUGGUAUUAACACAUGGAAAACCCACUCUGGCUAUUUUGAUAGGAGGAUAUUUCUGUAGAGAGGACACUAUAUUUUUUUAAAUCUCAUUUCCAGGGAGGAUGAUGGAGCCCAAGUCGGAUUUGAGAGUUGGUGUUCUUAACCCCUUCUUUCAAAAGCAAAAAUCAGAGGCUGGGGGCAUGGGAUGCACACUCCCCGGUUGUAUUUCCGUUCUGAAGAUGUUGUUUAACAGGGAUUUUGUGUGUGAUUUCUGGAAAGCCAUCAGAGGGCAUAGAUUUCCUAUUU